AUGUUAUUGCGAUCGGGAAAUUCGAAAAGAAAGAUUUUAUUUUCGACACCUGUCGGUAGUCUCGCUUCUUCUACGAUCGGUUUUUCCAGAGCCGAAACAGUGAAAAGUCCUGAAACGAACAACGUUGUUAGUGAUUUCGCAACGACACCAAUCAUCAGUGUGCGGGCGCAAAAGGAAGAACAGCAAACACGCCAAAAGCAACUCGAAAUGGCGGAAUCUAUUGCUGCGUUGGAGCAGUGUUUGAUUGCAGUAAGAGGUAAGGUUGAACGCAUUCGACGAGCGAUCGAAGCGAGAAACCAGGACCACGGUAAGUUCUCCUAUCAUGGCCUUAAACUAUAUGUCGAAACCACGGUCGCUGCCUACAAUGAGUACAACUCGUUGCAAAAUCGAAUUUAUAUUGCUGACCCUACCAGGCGUGUUGAGUUUGAAAACAAAUUUAUUGAUUUCGAGGAAGUCUACGAGUUUGUUCGAAUAUCCCUUGCCGAAAUGAUCCAAGCCCAUGAAGAUACUCGAAAGGAAAUCGUAAAACGUUCGGAAUCGGUUGAAGUGCAGUCAAUUUAUCAACAAGGUGAACUAAGGGCUCAACCGAUUGUGCCAUCACUGCUUUUACAACAAAUGCCGUUGCCAACGUUUGACGGCCGUUACGAAAAUUGGCACAAAUAUAAGGACCGAUUCAGGGACAUUGUGGAUAAAUGUACGGGAGAUUCGCCAGCUACUAAACUCCAUUAUCUCGAUAAGGCGUUAGUCGGAAAGGCUCAGGGAGCCAUAGAUCAACAGACUUUAAACGACAACAAUUAUGAGGGAGCAUGGAGGAUUUUAACUAAAAGGUUCGAAAAUCUGCGCAUGGUAGUCCAAGGCCAUAUUACACAGCUGUUGUCACUGAAGAUGAUGGCUAGGGAAAGUCAUGCAGAGCUAAAUGCUUUACUCGAUGUUGUAGAAAAACGGUUGGAGUCUCUCGAAUUUCAUAACCUUAAGAUGGAGGACGGGUUGUCUGAAGCAAUACUCGUGAACCUGGUCAUCUCGAAAUUAGAUAGUGUCACCCGAAGGGACUGGGAGGCAACGGUGGAACAUGGUAAGCUACCUGUUUUUAAGGAUACAAUAAACUUUCUACGGGAACGCUGUUACAUGCUCGAACGUUGUGAGGUAUCUGCGAAUUCAGCAAGGUCCAGAACUCAAAUGAAUCAACGAAGUGGUAUUCCGAGUACGCUGAGCAAGGUACAUGCAGCCACAGUUCAGCAAGCAAAUUGUUGUCUCAUGUGCAAUAAGGAACAUUUAUUAGAUAUGUGCGAAUCGUUUAAAAGGUUGACCGUAAACAGUCGGUACGCUAAGGCCAAGCUGCUGGGUUUGUGCUUUUUAUGUUUAAAACGUGGGCACCGUACAGUCAAUUGUAAGAUCGAUGAUAGCAAAUGGUGUGAAUGCAAGAACAAGCAUCACCCCUUGAUGCAUCUGAAGGAUAAAGCUACCAAUGCGGAAGCGUCUACUAGCAAGAUCGAGAUAGACACUUCUGUAGCAAGUUGUACAAGAAGGAAUGAAGAGCCACCUACUGUAGCCAAAUGUGAAGUUCCUGCCACACCAGCCACUGCUACAAGGCAGGUAUUGUUAGCGACCGCAAUCGUUGAAGUGAUAGAUGCUGGUGGCGUGGCGCAUAACUGCCGCGCAUUGUUGGACUCCGGUGCAAUGGCGAAUUUUGUUUCCGAGAGAAUGUGUGACGUACUGAGUUUGUCCAAGCAUCGUGCAAACGUACCAAUUGUUGGAGUAAAUGGCACAAGGACGACUGUGAAGUUUAUGGUAAACGCAACCGUGAAAUCUAAGACAACAGAUUUUGAGUUUUCUAUGGACUAUUUAGUGGUGCCUCGAGUUACUGGUGCGCUACCUUCGCUCAAACUCGACUUCAGAAGCUGGCCGAUUCCUCCAGAUCUGAAAUUGGCUGACCCAAAAUUCUUCGAACCUAGUCGAAUUGAUAUGCUAUUAGGAGCGGAAAUAUUUUUUGAACUGAUGAAAAGGGGUAAAAUUCGAAUGUCCGCUGAAUUACCAUUGCUACAAGAGAGCUUCCUUGGAUGGCUGAUCACCGGACCUGUAUGCGGUACUUGGAGCGCUGUGAGCGUUCAGAACUACCAUGUAGCUCCCAACAAAGAUGAUAAUGAAGAGUUAAACGAAUUGAUGAAGCGUUUCUGGAUGAUUGACCAACAAAUGAACGAGCCUCUAGAAAUGGAUGAAUGCGAACGUCACUUCAAAUCUACAUAUACCCGAGGUGGAGACGGAAGAUAUAUUGUUAAACUUCCGUUUCGUAAAAGCGUUGACGAACUUGGAGAUUCCAGAGCACAAGCGGAAAGGCGUUUUAAAGCGCUAGAAAACAGAUUGGAGAAAUGCCCAGAAACGAAGCUAAAAUAUGUAAACUUCAUUCGCGAAUACAUUGAGCUGGGACACGCAAGAAUUUUAAACGACGAUGAGAAGAGUACAGUUGGGGCCUAUUACCUGCCUCACCACUGUGUAUUUAAGCCUGGCAGUUCAACAACUAAACUGCGCGUAGUGUUUGAUGCUUCGGCGAAGACAACAACAAAUUUAUCGUUGAACGAUGUGUUGAUGCAAGCGCCCACGGCACAAAGCCCGUUAUUCGAUAUCCUAUUAAGAUUUCGCUUGCACAAGUAUGUGUUCUCGACAGAUGCUCAGCGCAUGUAUGAACAAGUGAAAGUAAAUGACGCGCACACUAAAUACCAGCGAUGUGUGUGGCGAGAUAAACGGUCGCAGCCAUUGAUGGACUUAGAAUUGCUGCGGGUAACAUACGGAGUAGGGCCUUCUGCAUUCUUGGCGACAAGGUCCCUGGUUCAGUUGGCUCAUGACGAACGAGAUAGUUUUCCGGAGGCAAGCGAGGCUGUGCUAAAAUGUUUCUACGUCAAUGAUGCCCUCGUGGGUGCGAAUACAUUGAAGGAAGCGAAGAAACUUCGUGAAGAUAUUGAAAGGCUGUUAGAGAGAGGAGGGUUUAAGUUGCACAAAUGGUGUGCGAAUAAUCCCAGGAUUUUUGAAGGUGUACCGCUAGAAAACCGUGAGAAGCACCUUUCCAUUGAGGACGUAGAUGUCAACGGAGUGAUUAAAACGUUGGGACUCCUAUGGGAUCCUGGGAAUGACGACUUUCUUUUCCGAGUCAGUAAUGUGCCGUCUUUUCCAACAAAGCGUCAAGUGUUGAGCGAAAUAGCGAAAUUGUUCGACCCUCUCGGUAUUUUGAGUCCGAUUGUAGUGCUGGCUAAGUUAAUAAUGCAGCGGUUAUGGCAGAAAGAGCUUGAUUGGGAUGACGCAAUUCCCGCUGAAGAACUUGAAACCUGGAGGAAGUUAAGGAGUGAAUUGUGUGAAAUCAAUAAUAUGAGGAUUCCGAGAUGUGUCGCAGUCGCAGACCCAGUCACGUUUGAGUUACAUGGAUUCUCAGAUGCGUCCCAACGAGCCUACGGAUGCUGUAUUUACUUACUUAGCGUGAACGCCGGCGGAGCCGUUGAUGUGAAACUGAUUUGCGGCAAGUCGAGGGUUGCGCCGUUGAAGGAGUUGAACCGAGAAGAGAAGGAAGAUACGCCGCCAUCGGAGAUGAUGAUUCCGAGACUUGAGCUCUGUGCAGCAGAUUUGUUGGCAGGACAACUUAAAACAGUGCGCGAAGCCUUGGAAUUCAACGUUUAA